CCCGCGCCUGCGCCGUGCACAUCUACCGACCCCGAGCGCCUCGGCGGGAGGUUUUUCCAUGUGAGUGGGAAGACAGUUGCUGCAAGUAGAAGUGACAUAACAUUUUUCUAGAAUGUCUGAAGAUGAAGAAAAAGUGAAAUUACGCCGUCUCGAACCAGCUAUCCAGAAAUUCAUUAAGAUAGUAAUCCCAACAGACCUGGAGAGGCUAAGAAAGCACCAGAUAAACAUUGAGAAGUAUCAAAGGUGCCGGAUCUGGGAUAAGUUGCACGAAGAGCAUAUCAAUGCAGGCCGCACAGUUCAGCAACUCCGCUCCAACAUCCGAGAAAUGGAGAAACUUUGUUUGAAAGUCCGAAAGGAUGACCUAGUACUUCUGAAGAGAAUGAUAGACCCUGUUAAAGAAGAAGCAUCAGCAGCAACAGCAGAGUUUCUUCAACUCCAUCUGGAAUCUGUAGAAGAACUUAAGAAACAGUUUCAUGAUGAAGAAACCUUAUUACAGCCUUCUUUGACCAGAUCCUUGACUGUUGGUGGAACAUUUCACACUGCCGAGGCUGAAGAUGAUCCUCAGAACAUGACUCAGGUAUAUGCGUUACCUGAAAUUCCUCGAGAUCAAAAUGCUGCAGAAUCAUGGGAAACCUUAGAAGCGGACUUAAUUGAACUUAGCCAACUGGUCACUGAUUUCUCUCUCUUAGUGAAUUCUCAGCAGGAGAAGAUUGACAGCAUUGAAGACCAUGUCAGCAGAGCUGCUGUGAAUGUUGAAGAGGGAACCAAAAACUUGGGGAAGGCUGCAAAAUACAAGCUGGCAGCUCUGCCUGUGGCAGGUGCGCUCAUCGGAGGAGUGGUGGGGGGUCCGAUUGGCCUCCUUGCAGGCUUCAAAGUGGCAGGAAUUGCAGCUGCACUUGGUGGUGGGGUGUUGGGCUUCACAGGUGGAAAAUUGAUACAAAGAAAGAAACAGAAAAUGAUGGAGAAGCUCACUUCCAGCUGUCCAGAUCUUCCCAGCCAAACUGACAAAAAAUGCAGUUAAAAACCCAACUUCGGUCUUAUUGGCGCCAACAUGUCUAUCCUAAUGAGGACCUUUGCUGCUGUUGGACACGCAGGCAGUCUUGGAACAUGAUUAUAUCAAGUAGUGGCUGUAGAUGUUCAAGUGGGAUUGAACUGUGACAAGUGGAUAUAUUUUGUUGUUUGCUGGAGUGUUAAUGGAGAUGUUAGAGAUUGAAGAGCCUUUGCCGAGGGUGUGUAAUGUUGUCAGGUAAAGUUUAAAGACUGCCAAGGAGCAGAUUUUCUGCCUGGAAAUGUGAAAACUGAACUUACAACUUUGAUAAGGACUUGAGAUGUAUGGACAUGAUGGGUUAUGGAAGACUAGUUUAUUCCAUGACCCUGACUUGGAGACCCUAAGGUUAAGUGUAUUAUAAAUAUGUUUGUUUAUCUCCCAAAUAUAGGAGAUUAUUUGGCCUGUUGACAAAGAAAA